AUGGGGAAAAAAUACAUAAAAAAUAUAGAGAUAACUCAUCUAAUUUAACAUUAUGUUAAUUUAUUUGAUAAAAUUUAUUCUCAAAUAAGUACAUAAAUACUUUAAGCAGAUAAACAUCUUUUGUUACACUAAAAAAAGAUAAUUACUUGA